CCAGUACUGACGUUGUUUUGGUGUGUGCACUUUAUUCAGAAAAGGUUUCUCUUUUUUCAUUGCACUUUCGAUAGAUAAUAAUUGUUGAACUUUACGCGACAAAGAUUAAAAUUAUUUAAUAAUAAUCAUAAAAGAAUUCCACCAGGUCGUGCAUUUAAUUUUAUAUUUGUUGAGUGUUAAAUAAACGAUAAAAACAAGAUGUUAACGGCUACUUGUAAAGCUGCACCAAAUAUUGCGGUCGUCAAAUACUGGGGAAAACGAGAUGAGCAGUUAAUUUUACCCGUUAAUGAUUCGAUCAGUGGGACAUUGUCAACUGAUGAAUUGUCGGCAAAAACUUCGAUCACGGCCGAUCCCACUUUCACCGAGGAUAAGAUGUGGUUGAAUGGCACUGAAGUUACCAUUUGGGAUAAUGAUAGACUGAAAAAUUGCAUUGAGUACUUGAAAAAAAUUGCACAAGAAAAAUUGGCCGACAAAUCAAUUCUAAACUAUAAACUGCAUAUCUGUUCUGAGAACGAUUUUCCGACAGCUGCUGGUUUGGCAUCAAGCGCUGCCGGCUAUGCUUGUUUUGUAUACACUUUGGCAACACUGUACGGUCUCGAAAACGAGGAAUUAACUGGCAUUGCUCGGCUUGGAUCCGGUUCGGCUUGUCGCAGCAUAUAUGGUGGCUUUGUUCAAUGGAAGUCCGGGGAAUUGGCAGAUGGAAGCGACUCGAUUGCCGUACAAAUUGCACCAGCAAGCCAUUGGCCUGAAAUGCACGUACUCAUUUUGGUGGUGAGCGACGAGAGAAAGAAAGUCGGAUCGACCGUUGGAAUGAGAUUGGCCACCGAAACAUCUGAACUACUUAACUACCGUAGAAACCACUGUGUGCCGAAACAUGUGGAAGAAAUAACACGAGCAAUUUUGAAUCGAGAUUUUCCUACCUUUGGUGAAAUCACAAUGCGCGAGAGUAAUCAGUUUCACGCCAUCUGCCUGGACACAUAUCCUCCAAUGAUCUAUAUGAACGAUCAAUCACAUUGUGUAUCACACUUCAUUCAUAAAUACAAUGAAAAAGCGGGCGAAGUGAAGGCCGCUUAUACUUUUGAUGCUGGAGCCAACGCCUGUGUGUACUUGCUUGAGAGCGAAGUAGCCAAGUUUGUUUCCUAUCUAAAUGCAUACUUCCCCAAUAAUAUAGCAACAAACGACGAAUACAUUCGCGGCAUUCCAGUGCAAGUAAAUUCAUUGAAUGAAUCGGAAAUUCAAUCGUUCGGGGUGGUUGCUCCGCUAGCAAAAAAUGCAUUCAAGUACAUAAUUCACACGAAAGUUGGCGAAGGGCCACAACGACUAGAUGACAGCGAGUCGCUUUUAACAUCUGAUGGAAAUCCAAAAAAUUUAAAAUCAUAAAUUCUUGAUCUUUGCUCAAAGAGCCAAACAAUUAUAUUUAUACUCAAAGGGAUUGAAAUUUGUUUUCACAAGUCAGCUAUAAAACUGAAAUUUAAGGUGCAGGGAAAUUGUUUUUGUCAAGAUUAUCAUUAACUAAGUCAACCAUUUUGUACCUCGUCGCAAGAAGAUAAGUCAAGCAUCAGAAAAUAAAAAAAAAAACACUUGAACAUAUUCGUUGGUAUUUAUGGAAUAAUUUAUUAUUGUUUUUCUAUCCUAAAAUUGUUUAAAAUAAACUCAUUUGAAUUUUGUUUAUGAUGA